CCCCACCUAUCUCAACUGCAAAGCUCUACGGACAAACCAAACAGCAUCCUACGCGCUCCCCGUUCCCUCCCACUCCCACCUCCCACCCUCGCCUCUUUAUAUACACGCGCGCCUCCGCCUGUCCUCCUCGCCCUCGUCGCGUCCUCUGCCUCUGUCAUCUCAGAUCUCUCUCUUCCCCCCUGUCGAAACGGAGCUCGGAAUGGCCGCCGCCGCCGGAACGCCCGCUCGCGCUUCGUUCGGUCUGAAGCAGGCGCAGGUACCUGUCAGCAAGAUAUCUAAUGUCAGGUCUGUUUCCCUCCCCAUCAGUGGCAGAAGUUUCCCUUCUCUUAAAGCACGCCGCUUCCAGGUUUCAUGUGCGGCUAAAAGAGAGACAGUGGAUAAAGUGUGCCAAAUAGUAAGGAAGCAGCUGGCUUUACCAGAUGAUGCUAGCGUGACUGGAGAGUCAAAAUUUGCUAACCUGGGAGCUGAUUCUCUGGACACUGUGGAGAUUGUGAUGGGACUUGAAGAAGAAUUUGGGAUCAGCGUGGAGGAAGAAAGUGCUCAAACUAUCACAACUGUCCAGGAAGCUGCGGACAUGAUCGAAAAGCUAAUUGAGAAGAACUGAGGAAGACGUAGUUCCUUGUGAGCUUGUCUUAAUUUAUGCAUAUCUCGAUGCCCAUUGGUUGUGGAACUCCGAAUUUAGUUUCUGAUGUACUAGUUGCAUCUUGUUUCAAGAGUCAUUGUGCCCUAUUUUAUUAGAAUAAUGACAGAAACUUACAAUUGUUCUA